AUGGCGAACCAAACCCCUGCCGUUGUCAUGGACAACGGCACGGGUUUCUCCAAGCUCGGUUUCGCCGGUAACGAUUCUCCCUCGUUCGUCUUCCCAACUGCGAUAGCCACGAAAGGCCCAGCAGCUGGUAGUGGAGGAACCGGAUCAGGUCGACCCGCCGUUGCCAACAAGCCGUCCUUCCUUACAGGAGGUGCUGGUCCUACGGGGCACUUAUCGAAUAAACGAGGAACCGAAGAUCUAGACUUUUUCAUCGGCGACGAAGCUAUUGCCGCAUCAAACGGGCCAGGUUAUGGGCUACAUUACCCAAUUCGACACGGUCAAAUAGAGAAUUGGGAUCAUAUGGAAAGGUUUUGGUCCAACUCCAUCUUCAAGUACCUACGUGUCGAACCCGAAGACCAUUAUUUCCUCUUAACCGAGCCUCCGUUAAACCCUCCCGAGAAUCGAGAAAAUACCGCCGAAAUAUUCUUCGAGUCAUUUAACUGUGCAGGUCUUUACAUCGCCGUUCAAGCUGUUCUUGCUCUCGCCGCAUCUUGGACUUCGUCCAAAGUAUCCGAUCGCUCCCUGACGGGUACUGUUAUCGAUUCGGGUGAUGGUGUCACUCACGUCAUUCCUGUUGCGGAAGGUUACGUUAUCGGUUCCUCGAUUAAAUCUAUCCCUAUCGCCGGUCGAGACAUCACCUAUUUCGUUCAAUCCUUACUACGUGACCGAGGCGAACCCGACAGCUCGCUAAAGACGGCCCAGGAGAUUAAGGAGGAAUACUGCUACGUAUGCCCCGAUAUCGUUAAGGAAUUCUCGAGAUUCGACCGGGAUCGCAGCCGUUUCGCCAAACACGUGGUCUCGCAACCCGGUGGUCGUCAAGUCACAGUCGACGUUGGAUACGAACGAUUCCUUGCCCCCGAAAUCUUUUUUAACCCCGAAAUCUACUCCUCCGACUUCCUUACACCUCUACCUGUUGUUGUUGACGGCGUCAUCCAAUCCAGUCCUAUCGAUGUCCGGCGAGGAUUAUACAAGAACAUUGUGUUAUCUGGAGGUAGCACAUUAUACAAAGACUUUGGCCGAAGAUUACAACGAGACAUUAAGCACCUAGUAGACGCAAGGAUUCGAGCCAGUGAGGUACGCAGUGGAGGAGCGAAGAGUGGUGGUUUGGAAGUUCAGGUCAUCACACACAAGCGACAACGGCAUGGUCCAUGGUUUGGCGGUAGCUUGCUAGGACAAACCCCUGAAUUCCGAUCAUAUUGCCACACCAAGGCUGAAUACCAAGAAUACGGACCCGGAAUUGUGCGAAGAUUUGCUCUGCUUGGUGGUCCUGGUGGUUCGUAG